GAAGUGGAAACUGGAAAGGGGUUUGUGUGAGAGGCUGAGAUCGAAGAAUGGAGGAAGACGAAAUAGUUGGAUACGUUACUGCGUACCUUAAGAAAAAAGGGUUUACGCAAACGGAGAAGAUUUUCCAGGAAGAAUUUCAACACAACAAGUCCAAUUCCUCUGCUACUUCUCUUCUCGAACCCGACAUUGCCAAUCAUCUCCUUGCCUUCUCUCAAUUGGAGAGUGGUCCUGCCAGGUUUCAUGAUGGAUAUAGCAAACUACGAUCGUGGACUUAUUCUUCUCUGGAUUUGUAUAAGCACGAGUUGCUUCGUGUACUUUAUCCAGUGUUUAUACAUUGCUUUAUGGAUCUUGUGGCAAAGGGACAUAUUCAGGAAGCUCGGAACUUUUUCACUACCUUUCGUGAAGACCAUGAAAUGAUGCACUUGCGUGACCUUCAAAAGCUGGAAGGUGUUCUUUCUCCUACUCAUCUGGAGGAAAUGGAGUUCGCUCAUGCACUUAGGCAGAGCAAAUUCAACAUAAAGAUAUGCGAGUAUUCCUACGAACUUCUGUUGCAACAUCUACACAGUACACAAUCCACCACCAUACUUGGUAUUAUCAAUGAGCAUAUUAACUUUCAAGUUACUCCUGGACAACCUAGCUUGAUUUCUGAUGAUCCGGAAGCUGUUACCCUUACUGGAAGCAGCCAGGAAGCAGCUAACCGGAUAAAUCAAAAAGAAAUUCAUUGGGGGUUACUUGAAGACUCUCUAGAAGAAAGACUGGAGAAGGCUGGGGCUUUGCUUUCAGACUCUGAAAAGGGUGAAGGGGAAACAAAAGAGGGGGAGAAUGAUGAGAGUAAGAAAAGAUCCAUUGAAGGAGGAAAGCAAGGUGCUUCAGUCAAAAAAGUAAAAAAGGACAAAGGUGGAGGUGCAACCGGAAAGGGUGCCAAAUCUGAAGCUAACACUGUACCUGCUGCACCUCGAGUUAAGCCAGAACUCCCCUUGCCCAUAAUCCCAACUGAGGUAGAGCAGUCCAUCCUUGAGGAUUUAAGGAACCGUGUACAGCUUAGCAAUGUUGCAUUGCCAUCAGUUAGCUUUUACACAUUUAUCAAUGCGCAUAAUAGUUUAAGCUGUUCAUCAAUAUCCCAUGAUGGAUCAUUAGUUGCUGGAGGAUUUUCUGACUCAUCACUGAAGGUUUGGGAUAUGGCAAAGCUUGGACAACCCACCAGUUCUCUUUCACAGGGUGAGAAUGACACAUCACAAAAUGAACAAAUGUUCGGGCAAAGUGGCAGCAAAAGACAGUAUACAUUGUUUCAAGGUCAUUCAGGGCCUGUUUAUGCAGCAUCUUUUAGUCCUGUUGGGGAUUUUAUUCUUUCAUCCUCAGCAGACUCAACAAUUCGAUUAUGGAGCACAAAACUUAAUGCCAAUCUUGUUUGUUACAAGGGUCACAAUUAUCCUGUCUGGGAUGUUCAGUUUAGUCCUGUAGGGCAUUAUUUUGCCAGCUCCUCGCAUGACAGAACUGCUAGGAUUUGGUCCAUGGACAGGAUACAGCCUUUAAGAAUAAUGGCUGGGCAUUUGUCUGAUGUUGAUUGCGUGCAAUGGCAUGCCAACUGCAACUACAUCGCAACAGGUUCCAUUGACAAAACAGUUCGACUCUGGGAUGUGCAGAGUGGUGAGUGCGUCCGGGUUUUCGUUGGUCACAGGGGUAUGAUUUUAGCUUUGGCAAUGUCUCCUGAUGGUCGCUAUAUGGCAUCCGGUGACGAAGAUGGCACGAUCAUGAUGUGGGACCUCUCUAGUGGCCGCUGUCUCACACCUUUGAUUGGUCACACGUCAUGUGUCUGGUCACUUGCUUUCAGUUCUGAAGGUUCUGUUCUAGCAUCUGGAUCUGCUGAUUGCACUGUAAAAUUAUGGGAUAUAAAUACGAGCACCAAGGUUUCAAGGACUGAAGAAAAGAGUGGGAAUGCUAACAGACUCAGAUCACUGAAAACUCUGCCAACCAAAUCUACUCCAGUUUACUCUUUGCGGUUUUCUCGAAGGAAUCUUCUUUUUGCUGCUGGAGCUCUAGCAAAAACUUGCUGAUAUAUUUUGAGCAUGUCUACUACAUAAAUCAGCUCAAAGUGGUGGAAGCCGAAUUCGCGCCUAAAAAAUACAAUGCGCAUCGUUGCGUCACGCUCACCUUGUUUCUUCUCGUUUGUUUUCCUAUCCUACACACUUGAGCAUUAACCGGGGAGCCUUGAGAAUCCUAUUAUUUAUUCCCCGGGUAACAUUUGAUUGCUACUGUUUGUCACGUAACAUUUGAUUGCGAGAAAAAAGUGUAUAUUUAUGCAGAGAAGUCCUUGCUUUUCAGUAGCAUUU